ACCCAAUCAAGCUACCUCUCUAGCGCAACGUCACGCGACCCCUCCAACCACUUUAAAUUAACAAACACACCCCUGUCUCACGAAUAAAUCGCCAAGAUGACUCGAGGAGAAUCCACCCAGUCCAUGGUUCACUACAAGGGAAAGCAGGAAGACUUCCUUGUCUUCGUGGACGAUGUCGAUACCUACAAGAAGUGGCAGAGCGACAAGAGCGUUCCUCUAGCUCACUUCAUCUCUACUUUCCAGGUGUUCCAGACACAUCGACAAGGUGCCCAGGGAACCUAUGACUCUCCGUCAAAGAUGUCACUAGCGGCCGAGUUUGACACUGAGAAUGCCGAUGAGGCGAUUGAGCGGAUCCUGAAGGAAGGUACCAUGCAAACUAUGGAGAUGCCUGGUCGGCAAGGAGUUACAAACGACUCUAUGAGCUCAAUGAGGGUGAAAUAAGGAGUUACAAACAACUCUACGGGCUCGAUGAGGGUGAAAUAAACGCUUCAUCAGCUGUGUUGAGUGCCUCGCACUUGAUGCCUACCGCCUUCUCAUCUUUUUUUUUUUUUUCUCUAGCGGUACUAUGGCAGCGAGAUGGUGGUGCGAGGAAUAUGGAAUAUGAGCUGAUUGAGCGACGAGGAAGUUUCAGCUACAGCGCUCCGUGACAGAGAGGUCAUGCUAUGAGCCAUGCCUGCACAACGUCGUUCUUCUUACGUAACUACAGUAGGAAUCUCUUUACAAGGGAAUA